AUGGCGUGGGCUGGUGCAGCGCCUUGGUUGGGGCGGCGCUGCGCGGUCAUGCGAGAGGUGGUGCCAGAGCUAGAGGCCGGGGCGGCGCUGGGGCGGCGCUGCGCACGCAAGGACGGCCGGGCUCAGCAGCGCGACCACACCAGGAGCGCGGCUGCUCCAGGCCGACUUCAGGAGGUUGGAUCGGAUGGCGCCGGCGCCGGCGCGGCGAGGCUCAAGCCGUCGCUGCGGGCGUUCUUCUCAUGCGGGAUCUUCAGCGCCUACACGCAUCUAGCACUCAGCCUGACGGUGACGCCCAACAACAAUGUCGCAUGCCAUCAGGCUGGUUGUGGAGGCGGCGUCGUCGCAGGUUGUGGAGGCGGCAGCACCGGCGGUGGAGGCGGCGUUGUCGCUAGUUGUGGAGGCGGCGGCGGAGGUGACAGAGGAUGCAGCAGCGGGCGGCGGCGGCUGCUUCGAUGA